AUGGGUAGCCGUCUUGAGAAGAAUUCGAACGCGGUGCGUAAGCGCAUCCAGGAUCACACCUUCUCCGACGAAGCCGGCGAGGAAUACGAACCCAGCGCCUUCGGAGGCUUCGGCGAUUACUUCCGGCGCAAGAAGAUCAAGCUUCAGAACUUGGACGCCGAACUUCGUGAGGGCAGCAGCAAGCCACAGAUCUUCAAAGGCGUUGUCGCUCAUGUGUCUGGAUACACACAACCGCCUCUGCACGUCUUGCACAAACAGCUUGUCGAACAUGGCGCAGGUUUUCUCCAGUACCUGGACUCGAAGACCAUGGCCACUCACAUCAUCGCCUCGUCACUCACGCCCAAGAAGGCUACCGAGUUCAGCAGCUACAGGAUAGUAAAGCCGGCCUGGGUGGUGGACUCGAUUGCUGCGGGCCGCAUGCUACCGUGGGCUGAUUACCGAGUGAUCGAUGAGGGUCCGAGGCAGAAAGUCAUCAAGUUCGGAGACGAUGGGAAGAUCUCCUCACAGGCGCACACGCCGCAGAGAGGCUACCAUGACCAGAUCCAGAGCAGCUUCUACACAAGCCAAUUCAAGAAACCCGCUACCCCGGCUACCAAGGUGAACUUCCCAAGCUCAUCUGCUUUGACACAAACCCCGACGCCUUCCAAGUACACUCCUUCGAGACUCAAGGCACCUGAAACCAUCGAAGAUGACUAUGGCGAUGAUGUUCUAGAAGACCUGGAAAUGGCAGAUUUCAAAACCUCGUCCCCCGCGUCAGAGGAACCGCCAGAGACAGGCGUGGAUGAUGUCGUGACCUCCGUUGGUGAGGAAAGUCCGGCUGCAGAGGUGAAUGAGUCUAUUCAAGACAAGACAGUCUCGCAACCUCCCAAGGAAAUCCCACAUGAUACACCCGGCCCUGCACCCCACAACCCUGCGCCAACUUCCGAGGAGCAUAACGCAUGGCUCCUGUCCGAUCCGAGACUGAGAAAAUCCUCAACCGCAAACCCGGACUUUCUGAAGCAAUACUACUCAGAGAGUCGCCUACAUCACUUAUCCACAUGGAAGGCAGAACUCAAGUCCAAGAUGCAAAGGCUCGCCAAUGAGAAGGGCACCUGCUCAACCAAGGCUAUCAAGCGGCGGCCUGGCUCCCGACGAUAUGUCAUGCACGUGGACUUUGACAGUUUCUUUUGCGCGGUCUCUCUCAAGAGUGCACCUGAAUAUAUCGACAAGCCGGCCGUGGUGGCACACGGCACCGGCACAGGGUCAGAGAUUGCGUCUUGUAACUAUCCGGCGCGGAGAUAUGGUGUCAAGAAUGGCAUGUGGAUGAAACGAGCGCUGGAACUUUGUUCGGACAUCAAGGUUCUGCCAUAUGAUUUCCCUGCGUAUGAGGAGGCCAGUAGGCUGUUCUAUGAAGCCAUUCUAGAAGUGGGUGGUGUUGUCCAGAGUGUCAGUAUCGACGAGGCUCUAGUUGAUAUCACCACGCUUGUCCUCGAUGCCUCUGGGUCACAUGGCCAAGGCAUCUCUGAAGGAAGCAUCUGGAGGGAACAAGAAAAGGCAGAUGAGCUUGCCAUUGACCUGCGCAAGCGAAUCAAGGAAAGGACGGGCUGCCAGGUCUCCGUGGGCAUCGGUGGAAACAUUCUUCUCGCCAAGGUCGCACUCCGCAAAGCGAAGCCGGCGGGCCAAUACCAAAUCAAGCCGGAAGAAAUUCUCGACUUCCUAGGCGAGCUUAAGGUGGAGGACCUGCCCGGCGUUGCGUACAGCAUCGGCGGCAAGUUGGAGGAAAAUGGGAUCAGGCUGGUCAAGGAUAUCAGAGAGGUCUCAAAGGAGCGUCUGGUAUCUGUACUGGGUCCGAAGACGGGUGAGAAAAUCUGGGAAUACUCGAGAGGCAUCGACCGUGCUGAAGUGGGCGACGUGUCCAUCCGCAAAUCCGUCUCGGCAGAAGUCAACUGGGGAAUCCGCUUUCUCAACCAGCCCGAAGCCGAAGAAUUCGUCAUGAACCUCUGCAAAGAGCUGGAAAAACGCUUGUUGAACGAGGGCGUCAAGGGCACAAACCUCACCAUGAAGAUCAUGCGGCGAGCUCUAGACGCGCCGUUGGAUCCGGCAAAACACUUGGGCCACGGGAAAUGCGAUACCUUUAACAAAAGCACGGUAUUUGGCGUCGCAACUCAUGAUGCUGAGAAGAUUGGUAAAGAGGCUGUCUCCAUACUUCGAUCCUUCAAGUUAAGCCCUGGAGAUCUGCGAGGCCUAGGUGUCCAGAUGCAAAGAUUGGAACCGAUCAAGCCCUCAGCAGCGCCUGAUGGGAGCCAAAAGAGACUCAGUUUCGGCGCAUUCGGGAAUGCGACCGGUUCUCACCCAUCGAAGAAGUCGGUAGCGCCUGUGGCACCCAUGGGUCUUGAUGACAUUUCCGAUGCGGGUAGCCCUGCGAAAUCAAGAGCUGCGGCUCAACAGACACGGCGAGACGUGUCUGAAGACCCUAUCUCGGACAACCCACUCACUCCUCGCAAGCCGAAAGGACUGUCCAUCCACCCUGCUCUUGCGCUAUCCAGGGCAAACGAGGCUGACGAGAAGGCGAACACGCCGUUGAACGUCAUGGGAACGCAAUUUAUCAUGCCAUCGAACCCAGACCCAGAAGUCGUCGCAGCGCUGCCCCAAGACAUUCGGAGCCGGCUGAUGGCACCGCAGCCACGCCGAGGCCCUGGUUCGGUACUGUCAAGAGAAGGCUCACCUGCAUUACACAACACAAGCGGACGCCAGUCGCGGGAGCAGAGUCCAGCCGUGUUGGAGCCUCAAAUUCCGCCGGACAUCGACCCCGAAGUAUUCAAUGCUCUCCCGGACGACAUGAAGGCUGAGGUACUUGCACAAUACGCUCCAAGGAGGAAUGUGCAGAGCAUCCCUGCCCAACCGCAAUCACCACGCCGGGACCGGAUUAUCCGCCCACUUCCUCAUAGAAGCCCAGCCAAACGAGGGCGAGGGCGGGGUGGAAUGCGAGGCAUGCUGAGCAGGACGCGUGAGAGGCAGCGAGACGCCAGCGCUGGACUCAUGCAGACGAGCUUCGUCACAAUGGGCAACAGGAGGUCAGCAUUGGAAAACGCAGCCGAGGAGAUCGAGGAGCUCGACCAGGCCUUCCUAGCCGAGCUGCCCGAGGAGGUCCGCAAGGAGGUCAUAGCCGAUCACCGCCGGCGAAAACUCGCCCAGAAGUCAGGCCUAGGCCUCAACCUAAAAGGCCCAGGGCGCCGCAAUGCCGCGGACCGGGCGAGGGAGACGACCAGUGGGCAGAGCAAAAUCGCCUUCCCGAAGCCUCCAGGCAAGGUCGCAUUUACGGCGACCUCGCUUACUUCUAUCCAGGAGGUGAAGGAUAUGCUGAGUGCCUGGCACCGGGAGACGGAGGACGAGGGGCCGCACAAGGAUGACGUCGAGGUCUUUGAGAGGUAUCUUGCCCGCGUCGUGACCGAGGAGAGGGAUAUGGAGAAGGCCAAGAAGCUGAUACGGUGGCUGGACUGGCUUGUUGACGACGGCGAGGACAGCAGGGGGAGGAAGGGGUGGAUGGAUGCCUUUACUGGCGUUAAGAAUGCUGUUCAUCGGGCGUUGGAGGAAAGGGGCCUGGGACCUAUGGUGCUUUAG